ACUAAGUCGCACCAAUGAAAUCACACCUUAAAUCCUUGAAGUGUUGUUUAAUCACUACGAAAUUAAAGAUCAUUUAGACAAGCCAGCGAACAUUCGUGUAACAGGCCUCGUGUGCAACAGAAGUGUGUAUUGCGUAAAUUAGUGAAGAAAAAAGUGAUCAAUAAUUAAUAUUUAAAAAAAAACUAUGUCGAAGUUCAGCCAUCUUGUGUUUGUGGUGUUAAGUGUUUGUAUCUAUGGCAGCUUCCAGUUGAUUCCUUUGCCUGACUACAUCCACCCCUGUUCCGAGCUAAGCGAUGAGUGCUUCACAAAAGCCACCCUGGACGCAAUCCCGGGAAUCGUGCAAGGAAUCCCGGAGGCCGGGAUCCCGCCCUUGGAUCCGUUGUACUUGGACAAGAACAUCAGUAUGACCCUCCCCGGGAAUCUGAAGAUGACCUUCCAUAAUGCCAAGUUACAGGGACUUAGUUCGUGUAUUCCUGAUAAAGUUUCAUCCCGUCGUAAGAAGCGCACAUUCGUAUUCGACAUGCACUGCAACUUCACAGUGAGCGGUCAGUACAGCCUGCUGGGGAGGCUGCUACUCUUCAACCUUGACACUGAGGGACAGGCCAAGAUUAAGAUCUAUAACCAGCGCAUUCGUCUAGAGGUGGUGGAGCGAGUGCUGCUGAACGACCAGGGCGAGGGUCACUACAAGAUCAACUCCUACAAGUACAAGGCUGACUACGGAACUGACCUCAAGCUGAACCUGACCAACCUUAUCAGAGGAAACCCGCAGAUCAGUGCAAACGUGCUUCAAGUCCUAAAUGCGGAUUCUCAAGCGCUAGCGAAGGACUUCGGCGGCCCUAUUCUGGACUAUGCCAUUGAUUACGCCAUGAAUGUGACACAGAAAUUCUUCGACGCGUACACUUACGACCAAAUAUCACACGUACCUUUAACUGAAGAUUUCUUUGAAAAAGAAGAAAAGCAUUAAAAUAAAAAAUCCCAUUUCUACAAAAAGAAAAAAAAAACUUAGAUUGAAUGAGAUUGUAAAGUUACCAAAACAGUGAUUAACCGAUUGAUUAUCCAGAAUAAGACUCCAUUUCGAAAUUCAAAUGUUGAAAAUUGUGUUUACAUUUGAAAGAAAAUUUGAUGAAAAAUAAAAUAUAGCGGAGUUCUAAUUUUAAAAUCAAUCAUAUUACUUUUUUUGUUUAUUUUUUUAACGAAAUUUUAUAUUAGCAAUGCGAUAGUUUGUAUGUGGUUUUAGUAACAUGUUCAAUUGAAAAAGUACAUGUUUUGUGAUAAUAUUUAAAAUUUAAUAUAAUUAGGAUUUAGAAUUAAUAAGUAGAUAGUAUUAAGAACCAGGAUUUUUAAUUUACUUUUUUCAUUAUUUUAUAUUUUUGAACAAAAUCAAUUUCGUAUGUAUU